UAAAACAAUAACACAGCAUCACAAAGACUGAGCGACUGGCAACAACAGGAAAAGAUAUAUAUAUCUUAUAUAAUAUAGAAUAUAUAAUACAUAACACACACGAAGGAAGAGAAAAGAAACAUUAAAUCCAUCUGAAUGACGGGCCCGCACCCCCGGCUCCGUCCCGCAGACCACAAGACGGUGAAAGUCCUCCAAUCUGCAGAGACUCAUUCCUCUAAACUUCUCUCAGAUAACAUCACCCUGACUUUGUGUUGCCAACCUGAAAAGAAACCGUUGCACUUGAGUAGUUUGGGUUGAAAUCACUGACCUCAUCUCUGUAUAUAAAAGGACUGAUGCCUUGUUGAAUCAAGAAAAAAAACAACCUUUCUCAGUGUUUUGCUGCUCAUUUGUCUUUUUAUUUGUCAGAAGAGACGUCCAGUCAACAGAGCACAGGGACCUGACGUGGACACAACAGAGAUUCGGCUUUUUUCAUUUUUGCAACAUCGGAGUUAACUUGAUUAUUUUUACAAAACAACAUUUGUGUAAGAAAUAUUUGUGCUAAAAUGAUUAAAUCAUUUUUUCCAAACUCUGCUGAUUCGUCCUCCAUGGGAAAACACAGUUUUAUGUUCGGACUGGAUAAUUUUGAUCAACACAAGUAAACCACAACUGGAAAACAUUCCAUGGUGGAACGAGCUCCCCAUCGACAUCAGGACGGAAAGUCUCCACGUCUUCCUCCGCAGACUAAAGACACAUCCACACCUUGGUUAAGAAGUUGAUGUAAUCGUCAACUUUGGAGUUUGUAUUAAAAAUACAAAACACGUUUGGCACUUACAUGUAGAACUUGGUACUUUGGCUUUUUUAAGUUAAUGUACCUGCAUGAUUCUUGCAGUUCUGGGUUUAUUCCCUCGUGGUUGAUGCACUUAUUGUGAGUCGCUAAAUUAUGUAAUGUUAUUAUCUAAGAACUGCAGAAUGGAACAUUCGCCCUUCUUCAUCCAUUUUCUGUAGAAGAACGACUUUGUCUUUAUUCAUCUGUUGUUCUACAAUCAAAUGAGAGUGGACUGAACUUCAACUUUAUGAGUUUAGAAAUAACCCCCCCGGAGUGAGCGUUCUCCCCCAACACACGAUCUCUGCUGCGCCGUGACGCAGCUACGUACGACGUCACCCUCCUAGCAGCCAAUCACAUGCCGCGGCUCGAGGAGAGCGACGCAGAGGAGUCGACGGUUCGAAACCCUCCGCGGUGGCUCGUGUGUUUCCAGCCGAGAUGAACAGUGUCGGGGAGGCGUGCACGGAGCUGAAGCGCGAGUACGACCAGUGCUUCAACCGCUGGUUCGCAGAGAAGUUCCUGAAGGGGGACCGGGGGGGGGACCCGUGCACCGACAGCUUCCGGAAGUACCAGCGCUGCGUGCAGGCGGCCAUCAAGGACAAGGACAUCCCGGUGGAGGGGCUGGACUUCAUGGGCCCCAGCAAGGACAAGCCGGAGAGCUGAGGCGGGGGGGGCCGGGACCGGCACCGUGUCCACGAGGCCCACUGAGCAUGCGCAAAGGCGGUGCGUGUGUUGCUGCGUUGACCUCCAGGGGGCGCUGCAGCGGAAACCACUGCGCUUUUAAUCGAUUAAUCGAUCGCCAGGAAAAGAACCAGCAGCUGUGACGAUCGAUUGUUUGAGCAAAAAAACAAAAAAAAGGCAACCAAAGUUUUUUAUUGCCGCGCGUCUGCUUGUGUUUGUCUCUGGGUUUCAGACAUCAUCAAUCGAUAAGGAUCACAGGCGGAAAACUUACUGGUUUAACUUCUGGAAGUGGCUUUGAAGACGUCUCCUCUGACCACCUGUGAUGGACAUUUUUCUUUUUACUUAACACGUUUUUUAAAAAUGGAUGAAAAUAUAGAUUUUUUUUGUCACGUUUUCAUUUUUAGAUUUUCUGUUUUAAGGGACAUUAAUCCAUUGCUGUUAUUAAUUAAUAUUUUCCUCUGUUUUAUUUGAACCAGGUCAAAGGUCAAUGAACGCCUGUCAUUGCUUUGUCUUUACUGAAGUGAGACUUUUCCUGUAAUUUAUGUUUCUUGAGUUUAUUUCUUCAGUUUGUGAACAGCAGGUCUGUGGGCAGGUGUCGAGUCCGGAUGGUUCACAUGUGAACACCUGGUGGGUCCGACAGAAGUGAACAUGAUGAGUGAACAUGAUGAGUGAACACGAUGAACAUCAGAUGAUGAUAAAGCUUUGAACGUGGUGGAACACUCCUUUUUGAGCCCAGGGCUAUGACCUGAAUAAACCUGCUCUGAGAAACAAA